AUGGUUGCACAACAUUGUAGCACCCGAAAAUGCUGGAAUCGUCAUGGCAAAUGCCGCCAGAAAUGUUUCAGGAAGGAAAGGGUCUAUGUUUACUGCACAAAUAAUAAAAUGUGCUGUGUGAAGCCCAAGUACCAGCCAAAAAACCUUCCACGGAAAGCUUAA